ACGCUCAGGGCACCACUUACACACGGUCCACGCUUGUAGCUAUGGAAACUCGUCGAUGGCAACAUCCACCAGUCAGUUCGGAGCUCAUCCUCAUACCUCAGAGGUGCUGAGUGUGUGCAGCUGUACGGCAGCGCCUGAAUGAAACGCUGCAAGAUGGCGAUGGCGAGACUCGCUGCCCUCAUUGUUCUGUACACCAGCCUAGGCCACAUUCCAUUAUCGCUUGGGGUAAUCCUCCGAACCACAGACAAGAUUGUUUGGGCAAAUGAGUUUGAGCCCAUCGAACUAACCUGCUUAAUAGAGUCCAUCUCAACAAACAACCCCAGGAUAGAGUGGAAGAAGAUCAAAAACGGCGUUCCCAGUUAUGUGUACUUUCAGAACAAGAUAUCAGGGGACUUGGAGAACAGAGCUCAGCUCAGAGAGCCAGCCAACAUCUUGAUCUUCAACACCACCCGAUCAGACACCGCAGAGUACCGCUGCGAAGUGGCCGCCAUUGAAGAUCAAAGAGACUUUGAUGAGAUACUUAUUAGUCUCGCAGUUCGAGUGAAACCUGUUGUGCCACGGUGCAGUGUACCAGAGUCUGUCACGGUGGGAACAUCAACAGAGCUACGAUGUCUGGAGAAUGAGGGCUUUCCUGCUUCUCAGUACCGCUGGUUCCACAACAAUGAGGAGCUUCCUCAAGAUCCAAAAACCAGCCAGAGAUUCGUCAACUUCUCAUACAUCAUCAACCCCGACACUGGAAGCUUGAAAUUUCGACGGGUGAGGAAAGAGGACGCAGGCGAGUACUACUGCCAGGCAAAGAAUGACGCUGGAAAUGCACAGUGUCCCCCAAAAACAAUGGAUGUCUGUGAUGUUGACGUCCUUGGAAUUUUCCUCCAGUCUUGCGGUGGACUGAUGGCAGUUGUCACUUUGAUUUUUGUAAUUUAUUUAAUGAAGCGUUUGUGUUGUUACAAAAGUGUUUACAAUGGAAACAACUACAAUACUCCAGCACAGGCUCCUGCUGUUGACUAUGCUGAUGCAGAUGAGGGUCACUUCCGCCACAAAUCUUCAUUCAUCAUUUGACAGCAGUUACGAGGAGAAGCUGUCGGAGCAAAACAGAAAUAAACACUGUUAAGGUUACCUAGCAACAAUGAUGCUCAAGCUGAUGAAGUUUAAGGUGUAACAUGGCACAUUACUCUCGGAUGCACAUUAACUCAACUGACUUGCCAAAGUAUUCAUUAAAUUUGUGGCACCAAAUAUUUUUACACCACAGUUUUCUUUUUCUUUAUGUUUUUUUUUUUAUUAGACCACAUGUUUCAUGUUUAAGUUCAUUUUCCAUAUUUGUAGCGUACAAUAAAGGCAUUUCAAAGCUGUGAAAUUUGAUAUUUGGCCCUCAGUGUUGUCACAAUUUACUGUAAUCUACAUCCCCUCUCCAUGUUUUUGAAUAAUCCUUUUUUUAUAUGAUCUUUCAAUUUUUUACUGAGCAAACUUGUUUUUGAAAACUCUUUUACAUUAGAUCAAAAAACAUGCCCUUAAUUGUUUCACUUACAAAAGAACAUUGUAUAUACUGUAGAUACACAGGCAAGAAGUAGCAGACUGCAAAAGGCUGAUCAGACCCAACUCACAAGGCACACUUUUUCAGUCUUUUUUUUUUAUUAUUAUUUUCACAAAUGUUAACAAAUAUGUGUGAGUACAGAUAAAAACAAUACAUUUGAAAACUGUAUAUCACUAUAUGCUGCAAAGUCAAUAUGUACCAUGAAAGUGUUAAAGUUUGAUUUUUUAUAUUGCUGUUCCUGUGUAGAAGUGACCUUUUUUUGCUUUACAAGUUACUUUGUGAAUAUUGGACAUAUUGUCCAGUUGUGAUUCAGUAUGAUACGUGCUUACAUACUCCUGAUUUUAAUGUAUUGUACUCCAUACCUUAUUGUAAAUACUGUAAUAACCUGUUUAUUGGAGAUAAAUUUCAUUGUAUUUACGAAGUGUGUUUUUGCGUUUGUCAGUAACAACAGUUGUGUCUAUGCAGGUGUGUGUAAAUGUUUUUGUGUAACAACUCAGGAACUGUUGUAAAUCGUCUGCUGUUCAUUUGAUAUUAAUGUUACAUGUUAUUUUGUUACUAUUAAAUACAUUUCAACUGCACAAGUAAA